CAGUGUGAUGGAAGUAGAGCCGUUUCCGUGCAGAGGUUCUGGCACAAAGGGAAGGCUUAUGGGCCACCUUCAGGCCCCGGGCCCUACAGUAGGUAGCUCCGCAUUCGCACAAAGGUGUCAGUCAGCAGCAGCUGUGUAAGUGCUCUGUCUCUGGGCUUCGUCCUGCAGAGUCUUGUUCCGUGCAGGGAAAUCUCUCUGCUAAGUCACCAUGUGCCAGAAAGUUUCCAGAGCAGAGCGUCUAUUCCAUAUAAAGGCCCGGCUCAGCUCUCUUCUGGCUGUGAUUGCACAAGAGACCUUCUCAGGAACUCACAUUUCUGCUCAUUGUGUUUUUAUUUCAUUCUCACCCCGCCUGGAAAUUUAUGACACUAAUCCAAGGGGAGUUUAUGUAGAGUGCCUGCAGGCAGAGCACAGCCCCAGACCAGCCAGAGUGCUGGGAGACCUGCAGUAAUUACACCCCCCCCUUUAUGUAAAGCAGCCAUUCCAGCAGCUGGAUAUUCAAGAUACAACACAUCUCUGAGCUCCAGCCGCAGCAGCCUGUUCCCUGCCUGGGUUACACCAUCUCCUGCGGAGAGCUGAGGUCCUGAAGAAGGGUCUACGCUGGCCGAAAGCUCAUCCUUACACAGAAAGCAUUGGGGACUGGAGACGGCUAGUUAUCCUGCUGACCGCUUCUACAACAGAAUCCCCUGCGCUAUAAUCUGCCCUGUGGAGGCCAUGAGGACCCUUCUGUCUCUCGGGGUCAUGCUGGGCCUGGCAGGCGUUCUGCAGCCCGCGUAUGCCUCCCCCUUUAUUCUCACCCAGCUGAGCACCCGCAAGAGCAGCUGCAAGCCUAUCCCCAGCAGCAUGACCCUGUGCCACGCCGUGGGCUACGGUGAAAUGCGUCUGCCAAACUUGUUGGGCCACGACACCAUGAAAGAGGUUCUACAGCAGGCCGGAUCCUGGGUCCCGCUCCUCACUAAGCAGUGCCACGCGGACACCAAGAAAUUCCUCUGCUCGCUGUUUGCCCCUGUGUGCCUGAGCGAUCUGGAGGAAGCCAUACACCCUUGCAGGUCCCUCUGCGAGGCGGUCCGAGAUGGCUGCACCCCCGUCAUGGCUGCGUUUGGCUUUCCUUGGCCGGAGAUGUUCAACUGCUCCCAGUUUCCAGAAGGGAAUGAGCUGUGUGUGCCCCCUGCUGGCCAGGAGGAGAAGCCGCAAGUGGUGAAAGAAGAGCUCCCGUGUGCCGCCUGCCAUAGUGGCGGCGACACGGAAAAGGAAUUCCUGCAGGACUUCUGCUACCGGGAUUUUGCUCUGAAAAUAAACAUCCGGUCCGUCUCCACCAUGGAUGGGGACGUCAUGGUGAUCCCAGAAGUUAAAAGCAGGACAGUAUAUAAGGCUAAAGGAUGGAUGGAAGAGGAGCUGAAGAAGACCGUUCUCUGGCUGACAGACGGUGACAGUUGCAUCUGCCUGGACCUCCAGGAACCGGGGGCCACAGUGCUGGUGUUGGGUCACCGAGCGGAUGACCGGCUGGUGAUCUCAUGGGUCAGGAAAUGGCAGAAAAGCGAGAAGGAAAUGAAAAAGUUCUCCAGGACUGUACGGAAGUUCCAGUGCUAGAGGAGACGUUUGUCCUGGAGCAAAGCGGACAUCUUGGUGAAACCAAGGUCCUUCUCCGUCCUGCUCAACGGUCCCCAUCAGAGGCUGCUAAAUGAGGAGCCUAAAACUAUAGCGUAUUAUAAACAAGGCUUCCAAGGCUCAGCAUUACUGCCAUACCCUCUACAUCAGACGGAGGGUCAGACUCAUCACCACUAUUGGUACAUUGAAAGUGGUUCCAUAUAUGGCGGAGAAUGUCCCAUGGGUCCUAGAGCAAAGAUAAAUAACCAUUUUAUAUGUCUUUUCUGUUUUCCCUCCUACAAGAAGAUAGAGGAUUUGGGUUGGGAUUUAUCUUCGUCCUGUAGAGUUUCCUCGCUGGUGGAAAGAGGACAUGGGUCUACAUACUGUGCCUACGCUCCGCGUUCACUGACAUCCGGACGAAACGUCCCGUUUCCAAUACAGACAAACUUCUCCAAUGGUUUUUAUAUUUGUAAAUCAAAGGACCUGCUCUGCCAGUUCCGGCAACCUCAUUGUAAACGGCGCCUGUAACCCACACAAGACAGAUGUGGGGGUGGGGGGUAAAUUUUAAAGGCUUCUGUCACAAUUACAGUAUCCAAGAUGCUAUUUUGGGUUUUCAUUUUCGAUGCAUGUAAAAGAUACAUAUGUGCAAGAGUUCCUUACGGUUCUGGAUAAAACACUCUAUCCAGAAAAAAACUAUUACAAGAUGGGUUGAAAAACAACAGGCCACUUCAAUGUUCUGAAUCCUGGUUGGGUGAAUAGAACAAUGACUUGCUGGAUCCGAGUUAGAAGGACAUUCAUCAGAGAACUGAAGAUAUAACAAAGGAUGAUUUGCAGAGGUUACAUUACGCUCCCAAUUGCAAUACUUUAAUAUUUACUUCUAGACAUGAAAAGAGUUUUGAGUUCUCCAAAAAUAACAAAAACGCUGAAAUUGCUCCUGCCAGCUGCUGCCGUCCUCCCUCGCUCAUCCCCUCCCACUGUGGGAGGAGCCAGCGGGCACCACGCCUGCGUAACGCAUCUUUUAUGUUCAGUUUAGCAUUCUCCGUGCUGUAUAAGUGGGGAUCUCAGUGCUGUAUAUUUGGUGUCGGAAUUGCUGGUUGUUUUAUUGUCAUUUGUCUGGAAAUCAGCGUGACGGAGAAUGGAAGAUGUGUCUGUAAUCUUAUGUACUAACAGCAAUUAUUUGCAAUUUAUUUACUAUUGUCUGGAAAAACAUAACACACGCAGCACUGACGGUGGGAUGUCUACAGGAGCCGGGGGUAAUGCAGCGAUCCGGGGUGGGUCAUCGGUAUUGUGCGCCACCGAUAAAACAAUGUACAGAGGAAAUAUGUAGGAGAGAAAUGUAUAUAAAGUCUUCUUAUAGUUCCAGAAA